AUGGCUAGCUUGUCUCCCAUUAAAUCUAUCCCUGUUAGGUCCAUUAGCUUGCCUUCUAGGUCACAUCCAAAUUCUCUCAAAAUUGAAGCUCAGCUAACCAAGCUAAGAGCUUGGGAAUCAUCUACAAAUCCUUUAUCAGCUGACACUAUUCAAAUGAGUUUGACUAAGCUAGCAGAGUUGUUUAAUUGCAUUCAGGAACUCAUUCACUCACCACUCACUCAACAAGCCUUUCACCAUCAACAUUUGAGUCAAGUGGAAGAGGCACUUGAGGGUUCGGUUGCCCUGUUAGACGUGCUUAGCAGGGUAAGAGACUUGUUCUUGACAAUGAAAGAACAUGUCCAGGAGCUGCAGUCCGUGAUACGUAGGCGUGGGGCUAGAGAUUCAAGCAUGGGAAGCAAUGUUCACGCUUACAUUAGCUUCAGAAAGAAGACAAAGAAGGAAAUUACCAAGUCCAUUAGAAUAUUGAAAAGAACGGAAAUCAAUGUUAAUGGAUCCUACCGUCUCGGCAGGGAUGUAGAUAAUCACCUAUCAUAUGUGAUUGAAGUCAUAAGAGAAGCAAGGGCUAUCACGAUUUCGAUCUCCCGAUCUCUACUUCUAUUCCUAUCUAUGCCAGAAAUGAAGAAGAACACUGGUGGAUGGUCGAUUAUAUCGAAACUGAUGCUUUCAGGGUUGCUAGCUUCCGACAGAAGUCAGAAGAUUUUCAAUGAAGUUGAGAAUGUUGACAUAGCUCUAUGUUCCAUUCAAGGACAAAUUAGGAAAAAUGAUGCCAAGGUUGAUGUGCAAGAAGUGCAAAGGAGAUUUGAGACUCUUGAUGCUUGCAUCAAUUGUUUUGAUGCAAAAUUAGAUCGCAUGUUCAGAUGUUUAAUUCAAAAUAGAAUGUCCCUUCUUAAUCUUGUUAGUACUUGA